AUGGCUUUUCAUUCUGUAUUUCUCGUUUUCUUAGCUGGCCUGGCACUUUGCUCUGAAGCUGCACCAUUGGUAAGUGACCAUCCUGAUGCCAAGCAUCCUCUUUCUGUAAAAGUUGUGGAUUCUGUCCGCGGAAGUCCAGCUACAAAUGUUGCAGUUAAAUUAUACAAAGGAGCUGCAGAUGGAUCUUGGGAACUGUUGAAUUCACAACAAACCAAUGAAAAAGGAGGCCUCUCAGAGCUUACCACGAAAGAACAAUUUGUAGCAGGGUUAUACAAGCUUGAGCUUGAUACAGCCUCUUACUGGAAGAGUAUGGGCUUGAAUCCCUUCCACCAACACGCUGAUGUGGUGUUCACAGCUAAUGAUGCUGGUAAUCGGCGUUACAAGAUUGCUGUUGUGCUCACUCCCUUCUCUUACUCAACCACAGCAGUAGUUAGCGAGCCAGUGGAAUAAAAUCUGACAUUGAGCAUGAAAAUUCAGUUGUGUAAAUUAAAAUUUCCAAAAAUGAUAAGAACUUAGUAACUGAAUGUAUCAACAGCUUCCGAUUUCAUAGUAAAUCACUAACAGUAAGUUUUUUAUUCACUUUGUUAACUUUAGGAAGAAAGUGUAUUGACUUUGUUUUCAAAUAGUCUUCUGAAUUGAAGUAUUCUGCAUUUCUGUAUUGUCAGUAUUGCCCUUCUGAAUAAAAGUCUAGGAUUUGAAAAAAACACAUUAACCUCAGAAAAAAAAAUAUAUUGAAAUCUCGUUAUGGGGACUUGGAGAAUAAAGCAGUCUUCCAUGAAGCUGAUAAACUAAAUUCUUCUUGCAAAGGAAUUGAACAAAACACAUCCGUGAAAGGUGUCUCAUGAAAAGCAAGCAGACGGAAAAUACAGUCCACCAGUACCAUCUCCUAUGUUUUAUUAAUGAAGCUCACAACAGAUGAAGUCACAUGGGAUUACUCACUCAGGGCCUCACAUAAUUAUCAAGAUAAACUCACCUCUCAAUUCUGAUUUUGGAGACAUAGAAGUGAAAGCAGGUAAAGGUGACAGAAUGGCAGAACAGCAUUUACAGAUACUAAGCAAGCUACAGAUACUUAAAAUGCCUUCUUUCCUGUUUUCCUAUAUAUCAUAACUUGUGACAUUUUCAAGGACGGACCAG